UUGUUCAGCCAGAGAGGCAGAGAAGAAGAAAGAUGGCGGCUCUGGGCGAACCCGAGCGGGACGCCGGGCUAACAUUCUAAGCUUUCCCACCCGAAGGGACGCGGGGCCACCGCGGGCUCAGCGCGCCGUCUGGACCCGCGCCGCUCCUGCUUCGCGGCGGUGCCGCUUUCGCUCGCGUCGGCGUCGGCUAACCGAGCGCAAGAAAUCGCGAUUGUCAAAUAAGAGAAUUCGCUCAUCAUGAGAGGGAAAAGAGGCAGGCCGCCCAAAUCCCUGCAACCCGAGGAGCCGUCCGCGGCGACGGGCCGGGGCUUGCGACCGCGGAGGAAUCUGAAGCCCAGGUUGCGGGACAGCGGGGACGAGGAGAGCCCCACGAGGGAGACCGCCAAGCCGACCAAGAAGAGGAGAGGGGCACCCGGCACGUCAACGCGGGGCAGGGGACGAGGGAGAGGUGGCGGCGGCGUCGGCACCAGAGGAGGCAGGGGGGGACGUGGAGGAAGGCGGACGCCCGCGUCCAAAACAGUGGUGUACGACGACCACGAGAGCGACGACGACGAGGACGAUGCUGUCAGCCUGAGGUCGGAGGAGGACGAGGUCGUCGAGGAGGAACCCCCGUCCGAAGAGGACGAGGGCCUCAAAGAGGACUCGGAUUGCCUGGAGGAUGAUGUGCUGGACGACGACGACGAGGAGGAGGAGGCGGCGGCGGAGGAGGAGGUGGAGGAUGAUGCCAGCUACUGUACAGAGAGUAGCUUUCGGAGCCAGAGCACACACGCCAGCACUCCGGGGAAGAAAAGAGUCCGUGCUCCCCGGCCUCGCACUCCCAUCCUGGAGGAGAAGGAGAUCCCUCCCCUCACGCUCCCCGACCCCUCCGAGGAUCUCAUGGUGCCCGGCGAGGAGCUGCUCAACGCCACCUCCGUCUACGAGGUGCUGCGGAACUUCAGCACGGUGCUGCGUCUCUCCCACUUCCGCUUCGAGGACUUCUGUGCGGCACUGGUCGGCCAGGAGCAGUGCACGUUGAUAGCGGAGACCCACAAUGCCCUCCUGAAGGCCAUCCUGCGUGAGGAGGACUCCUCCAACACGACCUUCGGCCCUGCCGACCUCAAGGACAGCGUCAAUUCCACUCUGUACUUCAUCGACGGCAUGACGUGGCCCGAGGUGCUGCGGGCGUACUGCGAGAGCGACCGGGAGUACCAUCACGUCCUCCCGUACCAGGAGGUGGACGAGUAUCCCUACGGCCCUCUGGAAAGUAAGAUCAAGGUGCUCCAGUUCUUGGUGGACCAGUUUCUCACCACCAACAUCGCCCGCGAGGAGCUGAUGUCCGACGGCAGCAUGCUGUACGACGAUCACUGCCGCGUGUGCCACCGCCUCGGGGACCUACUGUGCUGUGAGACCUGCUCGGCGGUGUACCACCUGGAGUGCGUGAAGCCGCCGCUGCAGGAGGUUCCAGAGGACGAGUGGCAGUGUGAGAUUUGCGUGGCGCACAAGGUGCCGGGUGUCACAGACUGCGUAACAGAGGCGCAGAAGAACAGGCCCUACAUCCGCCAGGAGCCCAUCGGAUAUGACCGGCACCAGAGGAAAUACUGGUUCCUAAACAGAAGGAUUAUUGUCGAGGAGGACGGGGAGCACGAGAAGAAGAAGAUCUGGUACUACAGCACCAAGGUGCAGCUGGAGGAGCUCAUGGAGUGCCUGGACCGAGAGUACUGGGAGCUGGACCUGCAUGCCACCCUGGAGGAGAUGAAGGAGGAGGUGCACGCUCACAUGGACAUCACGGAGGACCUCACCAACAAAGCCCGUGGAAACAACAAAGCCUACCUCACCGCUGUCAACGAAGUGAUCGCAGAGCAUUUGAAGGUCAGAAGGGAGGCGCUGGAAGCAAAGAGGCAAGCGGAGGAGACAAAGCAGGAAGCAGAUGCCGGCUGCGUCAAAACGGCGGAAGGCACCGUCACGUCACAGCUCGACCCAGAGUCUGAGUCCAAGAAAGAUGCUGAUUCUCAAGCAUCCUCGGUUCCCCCUUCUGCAGAGGAGGGCUGCGUGUCUGACUCUCAGUCCGGCUCAGCCUCCCAGGACUCGGCUUUGCCUAAAACGCAAUCCCUUGAGCCAAACGAGGAAACGCCGCCCGCUCACUCCAUGAGCCAGCAGAGCGGGGAUUCCCCCCCGGAGGCAACGCAGGAAAGGACAGUUGAGGAUGUGAAAGCAGAGUCUAGCGGUGACAAAUCUCAGGCACAAACCCAAGAUCAGCCACGGCAGCAGUCGUCCCAACCAGACGUGAGUAGUGACCAGGUUUCUGCAUCUGUCAGGAAACCAGACCCGCCUGACGUGGCUGAUCGGUCCUCACGGUCCUCUUUCACCAGCCAGGAUGGGACAGAUGAGUAUAACGACCGGACCAAGACUGAUGGAACGAGACCAGCAGCAGCAGAAUUGAGUAACCAAACACCCAGAGGCAGCAAAGAGUCGUCCCCCGUUCGCUCCAAUGGAGAAUCUCUGCGACUCAGCUUCCUGAAGAGGGACCUGACGGUGAACCUGAACACUUUGUUCAAACUGGGCCAGGAGGGUAAAUACAGGGUCUACCACAACCAGUACAGCACCAACGUCCUGGCCCUCAACAAGCAUCAGCACCGCGAGGACCACGACAAGAGACGCCACCUGUCCCACAAGUUCAGCCUGACCACUGCGUCCGAGUUCAAAUGGAACGGCUCCAUUUACGGUUCGCGGAGCCUGACCGUAUCCACCCUGCGUCUCACCAUCAUUCAGUUGGAGACCAAUGUGCCCGGACCGUUCAUGCAUCCUAACUGGGCAUCGCACAGGACAAACUGGAACAAAGCAGUGCAGAUGUGUAGCAAGGCCAGGGAAUUUGCUUUGGCCUUGGCCAUACUGGAGUGUGCCAUCAAACCAGUCGUCAUGUUGCCUGUGUGGAAGGAUUCUCUCGGACACACAAGGCUACAUCGCAUGACUUCCAUGGAGCGGGAUGAUAAAGAGAAGGUGAAAAAGCGAGAGAAGAAGCUGGAGGAUGAGGAGACACUGCUCCAGGCCACCUGGGUGAAGUACACCAUCCCCAUCAAACACCAGGUGUGGAAGCAGAAGGGGGAGGAGUACAGAGUGACUGGGUAUGGUGGCUGGAGCUGGGUCAGUAAGACCCAUGUGCCACGCUUUGUUCCAAAGCUACCUGGAAACACAAACGUAAACUACCGCAAAGAACUGGAGGCAGCUGAAAUGAGAAAGGCAAAUGGAGUGAAUUGCACAAAUAACCAGAAGAAGUUGAAGGAAACUGAGAAGCAAAAUACAGCAGAUGAGGACAAGGAACAAGCGUCUGCCAUUGCGUCAGCUCAGAGCAACUUGUCAGAUGAGGACUGCAAACCUCAGAACUCCAAGGAGGAAGAAAAACCCACAGAGAAAGAUGAGGAGAAAGAAGUGGAAGAGAAGAAAGAAGAUGAAAAAAUGGAGGUUGACCCCUGCCCAGAAGCUUCAAGUGAGGACAAAGAUAAGGUUGACAACGAAGGCCCUUCCUUGCCCACUGUGGAGUCUGCAACGGAAGAACCCAUUCAGAAUGUUAAACAACCUAAGGAGGAGGAGACGGCUGCAUCGAAGCCCUACUAUGACGUUGUGAACGUCAGCGAGGGCUUCCAGCUGCGGACGGCUUAUAAGAAGAAGGUAAAGCCCUCCAAACUGGAUGGUCUCUUGGAGCGCCGGGUAAAACAGUUCACCUUGGAGGAGAAACAGCGUUUAGAGCGGGUUAGGCAGACGGCCCUGCAGUCCAAAACAGCUGCCACGAAGUUGAAUUUAGGGGUGAAGACUGAAGGAUCCACGUCAGGCAAGCAGCAGCCCGCUGUUACCCCGGGUGUUAAAUUAGAAGAGAAGGAGGAGAGCAUACAGUUGAAAGACAGCGUGGUUAAAAAGCUCGACUUUGAGCAGGAGGCAAAAGCGGACAAUGUGGAUGUGGAAUCCGACUCCAACCACAGCAAACAGACAGAGGUGAAUGCUGUGCAGGGCAACAGCGGGGAGACCUCAGCCCAGAAAGAGGUGAAUGGAGGACCCUUAACAAACACUGAGGUCAACAGUAGAAGCAAUUGUAUAUCAGAGGCAGUAGAAAAUAAAGAAAAGACACAGAAGCCAGAGGUGGCUCUCGCGGGAGAGAAUGCUAAAAAACGUGGGUAUGAGGAGAUGGAGCAGGGCAGCACACAGAGCGACGCAGAGAGUAUGGAAGUCGACCAAAACAAGACCAGUCCAGUGCAGGUGAACGGGCAAGCAGUGGUCUCCGCUACUGCAGACGCAAACAUCCAAGGAGAUACCAAAGAGCCCGUCAAGUCUCUGAUGAAUGGAGACCUCUCCCAAAAGGAUGCUUCCAACACGUGUCAUCCACCUCCGUUGAAAGUCCCAAAACUCGAGAACCACGUGGCGGAGAAAGGAGACGCACUCAGUAAGAAUGUGUCCGUGGACAGUGAGGGGACAGUACCUGCCAAGCUUCCAUCCUCAAACGCUUCUUGUGUGAAUAGUAAUAGCUCCGACAACGGCAGCGGUAGCGAAGGUUUGAAGACUUGUAUCACCACUAAAACCACUGCAGCAACGGCUGACACGUCCAGCACCAUUAGUAAGCCCGAUGCUACGUCUCAAACAGUGAGGAGUGCAGUCUCUUCUGUUACCAUCCAGCCCAGUGCCCAAGCACCCGUAGCAGUUGUCUCGCAGAAGACCAGACUUUCAGGCACCGAAGCCAGGAAGGGCACCUCUGGUUCCACAGCAGGCAGCUCCAUGACGAUCAGUAAAGAGUACUCCACCAGAGGCCGAGUCUCCCUUCUGAGGUUCUCCAAAUCCAGGAAGGCCCGCUCGGGCACCGCGCUGCCAUCCUACCGUAAAUUUGUUACCAAGAGCAGCAAAAAGAGUAUCUUUGUCCUGCCGAAUGAUGAUCUGAAGAGGCUGGCAAGGCGAGCAGGCAUCCGAGAGGUGCCCAUCUUCAACUACAACGCCAAGCCAGCCCUGGACAUAUGGCCCUACCCUUCACCUCGGCCCACUUUUGGGAUCACAUGGAGGUACCGUCUCCAGACUGUGAGGUCGUUGGCAGGGGUCAGCCUGAUGCUGAGGCUGCUGUGGGCCUGUCUGAGGUGGGACGACAUGGCCGUUAAGCCCUCUGCUGCUGUUGGGACAACUCGGAAAGAAACCACGGACACGGACAUCACCACAACAGAGAUCAUAAAGCGAAGAGACGUGGGGCCUUACGGCAUUCGCUCAGAAUACUGCAUCAGGAAGAUCAUUUGUCCCCUCGGCAUCAGAGACACUCCCAAAGCAGAAACCCCGACUCCACAGAGAAAAGGCCUGCGCUCGAGCGCCUUGAGGCCCAAGAAGCAGGAGCCAGCCAAGCUGACGGGUCCGAUCGCAGUGGAGACAUGGGUGGCCGAAGAGGACCUGGAGCUGUGGGAGAUCAGGGCCUUUGCAGAAAGGUUGGAGAGGGAGAAGUCACAGGGUGGAGAUCCCUCCAAGACUCUGAAGACUGCAGAGGAGGUCAAGGCCCAUCUGGAGAAUCAGCUGAAACAGGCCAGACUGGCAGCCCAGCAGAAACGUCUGGAGCAGCAGAGACCGGGUACACCUGCCACCGUUUCCAACACAACAGCCUCCACCACCUCAGCCGGGACCCCGGGCACUCCCAGCACCCCGGCAUCCACAGGCCAGAGGACUGGGCAGGUCACUUCUGGAACUAAGAUGGUCCUCGCCUCCAAACUUGGCUCUCCAGUUUCCUUCCAGCAAGACAAGAACUUCCACCAGUCCUUCGCUUCCUGGGUGAAGCAGGGUCAGACCAACAACAGCGGCUCAGGUGUAGUCCAACAAAAAGUCCUGGGCAUUUUCCCCUCUGGGCCUCCUGCAAAUCUGAGGACAUACAGCACACUACAUCCUACAACUGGCAACAUCAACCUCAGAGCCUCCACCUCUGGCUCUACUCAGCAGCAGGCCACGACGGCGGGAGGCCAAACCCAGCCGUGCGCUACGAUGAGCCAGUCAUCGACCCUGUCUACCUCCGUGGGCACAGCGAUGGUCAGAAGUCCAGUGACGGGUCAACAAGGCCAACCUCAGCAGGCUAUGAGCCAGAUGGGCCGCGGUCAGCCCGCAGCUGCAGCUGUGCCUGGUUCUACACCUGUGCCGACGGCAGUGGCUCCGGCACCAUCACCUCAUGCAGCCACCUCGGCUCCUGGUCAGGCUCCUGCAGCUCCCUCCCAGACCAACCGACCGCAGCAGGGUCAAGUCAAACUGACGAUGGCACAGCUCAUGCAGCUAACGCAGGGCGCUCAGGGAAACCCCGGUCUGACGGUGGUGAUCCAGGGUCAGGGCCAGACCCAGGGCCAGCUGCAAAUCAUCCCACAGGGUGUCGCAGUCAUUCCAGGCCCUGGUCAGCAGCUGAUGCAGGCAGCCAUGCCUAAUGGCCAGGUCCAGCGCUUCCUCUUCACUCCCAUGCCCCCAUCCUCAUCAGCCUCAACUGCAGCACCCAGUACGGCUACCCCUACAAAGCCUGCUGUGCCGCAGACCCCUCCAACCCAAAUGUCCGCUCCGGCUCAAGCCAGAACUACUGCUAUGGUCCAGACAACUCCCUCAGCCUUAGCCCAAACACAAAUGGCAUCCCCGGUACCUACCCAAACACAAAUGCCAAGUUUGGCCCCCACCCCAGCUUCAGUCCCUGUGCAAGCGCACGUUGCAGCCGCUCUGCCUGCUCCAGUACAAGCUGCAGCCCAGACCCCAAUGCAAACACAAGUUUCAACUUCUAUCCCGCCAUCCAUCCCUGCACAAUCACAAAUAUCCGCCCCUGCGCCUGUCCUGCCUCAAGCUGCAGCCCAAUUCUCCACACAUGUUUUAUCUUCCGCACCAGCCACUAUCCCCACACAGCCCCAAGUGGCAAGAUCUGUGCCUGCCCCAGCACAAUCUGGAGUCCAGGCUAUGGUCCAAACCCAAGUCUCCACCCUAACCUCGAGCUCAUUCCCUACACAAACUCAAACGUCAGUGUUGCCACUUGUCCCAGGACAAUUUGCACCCCAGUCCCAGGUCCAGGCACACGCCCUCAACCCCUCCCUGGGCUUAACCUCAACCCCUGUCCAGAUGCACGUUACUGCCCCUUCCCCUGCCGUAGCCCCCGUCUCAGUAAAAGCUGCCCAGGUCUCUGCUAUGGCAGCUGCUACUCACUCGGCCCAAAUCCCAGCGUCUGCCUCUCUUCCCUCUGCAGUCCCAGUUCCGACCCCCGCUCUCGCUCCUGUCUCUGCUCCUGUCUUAGCUGUCGUGUCCACUCAAAUUGCUGUCCCGUCUCCAGCCAAAGCUCUAACCCAAAUCCAAGCCACUUGUCCAGUUCCCCUUCACGCUGCUGUUGCCAAUGCUGUUGUCACACCAGUAACGGCCACCUCCACAACACCUUCAGUGCCAGCUCUGACAGAACAGAGGGCAGCUCAGCCCCAAGUUUGGACUCCGGCUGCAUCUCAAGCUCCGACUCCAGUUCUGCCAGCUCAGCAGGCCACAGCUCCUUUUCAGGCACCUGUCCUGGCCACAGUAUGUGCCCCUGCCCCUGCACCAGUCUCCACACACUCACCCCUGUUCCCUCUGCCUCAAGCAUCUCUCACCCCUCUGUCUCAAGCACAAGUCCAGAACCCGACUGUUGUGUCCAUGCAGCAGGUGUCUCAAAUGCCAGUCUCAGCAGUGCAGGUUCAUAUGAAGGGAUUACCAGUCUCUUCAGUUGUGACUACUGUGAGACCCCCCCAUCCUCAGCCCCAGCCCCAAACCAGUACUCAACUACAACCCCAGCCCCAAGCCCAAAUCUGUGCCCAGAUUCAGGUCCAGCCCUUUGGUCAAGUCCAGCAAGUGCCACACAUUCAGGCUCAAGCGCAUCUCCAGUCCAAAGCACAAGCCCAAAUCCACCCGCAAGUCCGAGUUCAGUUUCAGCCGCAUGCACCCCAAGCCCAAGUACAGCCCCUUGCUCAAAUCCAACCUCAGGUGCAGUUUCAGUCCCCAAACCAGAAUGUGACCCAGGUUCAGGCCCCAGCCCAGGCCCAACUCCAGUCAAGGGUCCAACCCCCGUACCACCCUCAGGUACAAGUUUCAUUUCAAACCCAGCCCCAGACUCAGCAACAUCUCCAGAUCCAACCUCAGCCCCUGGUUCAGUCACAGCCUCAGGUUCAGACUCAGGCCCAAAACCAACUCCAUCACCAGGUUCAGGUUCAGUUCCAGCAACAGAGUCAGAUUCAACCUCAGGCCCCACAGCAACCCCAGGUCCAAACACAUGUCCAAACCCAGCCCCAGGUUCAAGUCCAGUCACCGCAGCAGUCCCAGGUCCAGCAACAGCUUCAAGUCCAACCCCAAGUCCAAGCUAAGCUCCAAGUCCAGUUCCAGCCUCAGAACCAGAAUCAAGUUCAGACGCAGCCUCAGCUUCAGGUCCAGUCUCCAAUCAGGCAUCAGCUCAUCACUGUUCCCGGCCUGCAACAGCCAGUCCAGCUACUCUCAGCUCUGCCACCCCAUGUUGCAGCCCAGAUCCAAGCUCAGAUCCAGGCCCAGGCGCAGCAGCAGGGUGGUACAGUUCCGCAGCAGAUCAAACUGCAGCUGCCUAUUCAGAUCCAGCAGACAGGGGGGCCGAUUCAGGCCCACCAGAUCCAGAACAUGGUGACCAUCCAGGCACAAGCAAGCGUCCAGGAGCAGCUUCAGAGGAUGCAGCAGCAGCAGCAUCAGCAGCAGCAUCAGCAGCAGCAUCAGCUGCAGCAACAGCCGCAGCAACAGCCGCAGCAACAGCCGCAGCAGCCGCAGCAGCAGCAGCAGCAACAACAACAACAACAACAACAACAACAGCAGCAGCAACAACAGCAGCAACAACAACCAAAGAAGAAGAAACACCACGAGGCUAAAAGGGAAGAGAAGGAGCAGAAUCUGCAGGCUGUCAGCCCCGGGGAUGGCGUCCAAAAACAGGCGUUGGUGAAGCAGAAUGCUACAGCAGAGCAGCUGAAACAGAGGAAGACACUUGCUGCAGCAGAGCGAGAGGAGAACCAGAGAAUGAUUGUGUGCAACCAGGUGGUGAAGUUCAUCCUCGACAAGAUUGAGAAGGACGAGAAGCAGGCAGCUAAGAAGAGGAAGAAGGAGGAGGUGGUGGAGCAGAAACGCUCCAAGCAGAACGCCACCAAGCUGACCGCACUGCUGUACAAGCACAAAGAGCAGCUGAAGGCCGAGAUCCUGAAGAAGAGGGCGCUGCUGGACAAGGAGCUGCAGCUGCAAGUACAGGAGGAGCUGAGGCGGGACAUAGCCAGGCUACAGAAAGAAAAGGAGAAAGCCCGAGCUGCUAUCACCCAGGCUGCGGCGGCAACAGUCAAAGCAGCCUCUUCCCAAUCCUCCCAUCCCCCUCACCCUACACAUUCCUCUCACAGCACCCACACAGUGACCUCACCCUCCUCAUCCCAUAAACGCAAGCGGGACGAGGAGAGGGACAAAGACAGGAGCCGAGAUAGGGACAGGCACCACGACAAGGACAAGAAACGGGACAGGGACAAGGACAGAGACCGGUUGAAAGACAGAGAUAAAGACAGAGACCGCGAUCGAGAGAGGGAGAGAAACAAAGAGCGGGACCGGCAUCGGGACAGAGACAAAGACAAGGACAAGGACAGAGAUAGGGACAAGGACAAGGACAAGGAUGAAGAUACCAACUCAUUAAAACUCAAGAAGAAGAAGAAGCCCUCCUCUACCUCAAAGGAUCACAAGAAGGACACCAAACUGUACUGUGUCUGCAAAACCCCCUAUGACGAGUCCAAGUUUUACAUCGGGUGCGACCUGUGCUCCAACUGGUUUCAUGGCGCGUGUGUUGGCAUCACAGAGAAGGAGGCCAAGAAGCUGGAGGACUUUGUUUGUAAUGACUGUAAACGUGGCCAGGAAGGAGGAAGCAAUGAGGAACUCUACUGCAUCUGUCGGACACCAUAUGACGAAUCACAGUUCUACAUAGGCUGCGACCGCUGCCAGAACUGGUACCACGGACGCUGUGUGGGCAUCCUGCAGAGCGAGGCCAAUCACAUCGACGUGUACGUAUGCCCGCAGUGUCAGUCGACAGAAGACGCCAUGACGGUCCUCACGCCGCUCACCGACAAGGACUAUGAGGGGUUGAAAAGAAUACUGCGCUCGUUACAGACUCACAAGAUGGCAUGGCCUUUCCUUGAGCCGGUGGAUCCCCAUGACGCGCCUGAUUAUUAUCGCGUGAUCAAGGAGCCAAUGGACUUUUCCACAAUGGAAACCCGUUUGCAAAAGCGACAUUACCACAAGCUCACAGAGUUCGUGGCCGACGUGACCAAAAUAUUUGACAACUGCCGCUAUUACAACCCCAAUGACACGCCCUUCUUCCAGUGUGCCGAGCAGCUGGAAGCCUUCUUUGUGCAGAAGCUUAAAGGAUUCAAAGCGAGCAGAUUGUCAGAUUCUUAAGUGGGCCAGUCUAGCUGGAGUCUGGACUGGAUGCUGGGGUUUCUAGUAAUAAUGACAUGGAAACCCUCGGUUUCCAGAAAAUCCCAAAAUAUCCAUAAAUAAAGAAAAGAAAAAACAACAACACAAUAACACACACUUAAAAAAACAAACGUGCUCUUGUUUAAAUGUCACCAUGUGUAAGUUUUCAACAACAAGAAUAUUUGGUAAUAAUCACAGAAUGGCAGCCAUGUUGUCCAGUGUUAACCGUGUAAUUGAGGGACUUGCUUUCUUCUAAUCAGAGUAUUGAACAAUCCAUCACAGUAGCUCGGUUGUUCUCAGUGAGGUUUUAAAUGCAUUUUAGUUCUUAACUUGUAUUUAUUUUCUGUUAUACAUCUAAGUUGGAUUGGUCAUGUUGAGACUGUACCAGAUAUAAGAAUCUAUAAAGCUGCAUAUUUUAUUAUAGAGAUAUUUAUGAGGAUUUGUAUGUUACUUCCACUAGAGCUUGGUUUAACUGGUUGUCUUGAGUGUACAUAUAUGUUUUAUCAUGUACAAUGCUUGUAAGAUACAUCAGACUUUGAAUCUUUUAAAUAAUUAUGGAACAAGCCCUUUUAGAUAGUAUUGUUUUAUAAGACCAACAGGUUCUGUGAAGCCCGAGGAGUGUGACCUCACCUGGUUCCUCACUAAAUACUUUAACCUCAAGUAGUAGAUUUUUCUUCAGUGACAAAGGCAUUCCCUGUAAAUUACACCAACAUGGCUGCAGGACCCUCCUGCCGACCCCGUCGCUCCCUCUCUGUCCGCGUCUUUUGAGGUGUGUCAUGACAAUACAUGAAUUGUGAAGGGCUCUCAACUUUCCCCUCUCUCCACAUUCUGUAGGUCUCAUAACAACAAGCUACAGUCUUCGUCUUCUUCAGCCUCUUAGAAAAGCGUCGCACAUUGUUCAAACAAAAUGCACUUACCAAGAAUAUGGCUUUCCUGAACUGUAACUCUGUGACGGACUCCGCCCUCACCCGGCGUUUUUGGGAUCUGCUCCCCCGAGUGCUGGUGCAGCCCAGCACUGCUGCUUUCACAGAGCUGUUCAGGCGGAGCUGCCUUCUGCCCAUUUCAGCUCUAAGGGACCUUGUGCGGACCUUCAUCUGCGGGACUGUACUGAGGAGCGUGAACAACUGAGGCAUUUCAGAAGAAAGUUUACCUCGGAGAAAAGACUCUUUUUAAGGAGCUCUCAUAUUUCCAUGUACUUUAUUUUUUUGAUCUCAAUCUUUUUAUUUUUUAUUUUUUUUCUUUCUUGUUAAAAAACACAUCUCUCAGGCCAUCCUGGUGGUCAUCAUGUCCAAGAAAUAGGAAGCUGGAUACUCACUGUACAUUGGCUGAGUUUUGCUGAGCAUAAUGUGUCUGUGUCUGAAUUCAGAUGUCACAGGGGGACAACUUGGUUUCCCCUAUUUCCACUCACUAUUCGUCUGAGGUGGCAUGAAAGACCGUUAAACAUCCGGACAUCAAUAGUUUGCUUGGUUGAACUUCUAUAACCUACUGAACGUAUGGUAAUAAGCUAUUGUAAAUGAAUUGCUCUGCAGUAGUGACUGACCGACUGAGAAGGAUGAAACCGUGUAUUUGAAGGUUCCUGCCCCGUUUGUAAAAAUUUGUCAGAUUUUGACUUGAUUUCCUUUUUUUUGUAUUACAGCUGAAGAAAUAUUGAUGUAUAUGGAACUUAAUAAAAAGAUAAAGACUG